AUGUAUAUUCGCUUAAUAACAAUUGUUGCAGCUUGUUGGUUGUUAAUUGUUGCAACUUUUCACGGCUAUCAUUGCAGGAAAUGUUCGGUGUCGUUUGACCGCGGUUCAAAGAGGCUCACGGUUCAGCGUAAAACGACAUUUGCUGCAGCUUAUUUGUCGCGAAAUAGUGUGUGGAAUGUAGAUGUGUAUGGAAUAUCGGCUAAAAAGUCCUUACAUGCCAUACAGGAUGAUGGAAACAAUAGCAAGUCGACCGAGCCACUGGUAACUGGUGUGUGGAACACAUUGGCGAAAACAGGCACUGUGGCAUCACCUUUAGUGGUAGAGACCACGUCAAGGUUGGAGUAUAAUCGAACGGCGAUCCUCGAUACGUUCAAUGCAGCCAAAAAGGCAGACACUGCUUUGACUGGAAACACCUUUGGGGAAAUUGAUCAACAGUUUUUCGCGCGCUUUGAUGGAGAUAAUGGCGCAGAACGAUCCAUUGUGGCCGAACAGGUGAUUGGCCCUGCUGUUGAAAUUGUGAAGGUGCCGUAUCGUUUUCUGUUAUCCCUCUCGGAUAUAAGGGGUGAUUUGAUAUCAAACCACAGCCUUCUUCAAAAACAGCCGCCUAAAGAUGACGUCUUGCAUGCCUAUUUGGCGCACAUAGAGAACCUGAAAAGGUUGAAUUUGGGUCAGUUGAUGACAGAGCCUGCUCGGUGCUGCUCAAACGAUGACGAAACCACCAACGAGAACCUCAUUGGCAUACGACAUGAUAAAGAUCGUCACGUGUGCGAAUCUUUUGAUCGAUCUACACAUUCAGGAUCUAACAUAGAUGUUGAAUCCACUUGUAAUGGCGAUUUGGGGGUUAAUGGCAACAUCGCAACGGGGCACUCGGGCGACGGGUUCGAGGAGCGGCUAUCAGCUCUCAUUGCAUCCAAAAAGUUAAGCAUGCUUCGGACACUUUUAAUUGCCGAUAGCGUGCUAUCUACGGGCGACGCAAUUACUGUCGCCUUGGAAAACAAGACGUACGAAUUGAUGCAUCUUAAUCGCAAUGAGCGUGAGCUGCUACUCCUCUCCCUUGGUCUUGCAGGUUUAUAUCAGAGGGCAAUAUUCUCCUUCGUUAUGCAUUUACUCCACGAUCCCUUCGCCAUUCCAACCUUGUGUGAAGCCGAUGUUGUGAGGUUAAACUGGGUUCAUCACCUGCUAACUAAGGACAUGGGCCACUUGCCCAUGUUGAUGCCGGUGUCAGCGUAUAACCAAAUACAGGAACCUAUCGUAUGCCAUCGCCUGCGCCAACGCCUUAUAGCUGUGAAUGAUGCUAUGACUGCUGCUUUGGAUCCACUCUCUGUUGUUCAGGACCGCAUUGAGCAACUCUCACAGGCGCACUACAAGGUUGAAGACACGACACCUUUACAGUCCGGGUGCGGGCCGCUAAUGGAAAACCGCAAGAUAAACGCAGAGCUAGCGAUGGAAGAAAUAGAAAGUGAGAUUCUAGCGUUCCAAGGCGGUAAGGAUUCUACUGUUCAUACUGCGCCAUUCGAAUGGAGCAUCGAUGAUGUCCACGGCCUCCUGGCAGGCGAAGAUAGACCGUCAUUCGAACCGACUGAAAAAGCCGACUUUGUUGAUGUUUCAUCGGCCUUUGAAAGUUACUUAACCGGUACAUUGCAACCACAGCUGUACAAGCAUGUUAGUCCGAGUUCAUGGCUACAAGCUAUAAACAACGUAAUUACACAGCGUACGUUCACCAAGCUCUUCGCUUCCGUUGUUGCGCAUAAUAUCAGGACAAUUGGGCGUGUGGAAAACAGCGCAGGUGAUGACUACACGAAACGCAGUUUCCUUCACAACAGAGCUCCAGGUAUAAUGGCUAAACUGACGACUGGGUCUCCGUCUGACAGCAUGUCUGUUGGUGUUGAAGAAAAGGAAUCGUAUAUAGUUCCGUUUUUGGAUCUCGUGAACCAUGACUCUGCUGACCCGAAUUGCACCAUAGAAAUGGAUUCAAGCGGGGGAGGCGGUUUCAUCCUAAAAUCUCUACGCGCCAUCCAACCUGGUGAGGAACUCAGGGUGAAUUACGGCAACUGGGAUAACAACGUCUUCCUUCUGGAUUAUGGUAUGCUACCUCCCUUACAACAGGACCAGGGUGUGCUUAUGGAAGUAGAACCGGCCUUAAUUGCUCGUGCUGCGGAAUCUACAGGCAUGAAAGAAUUGCUUCCUCGGUCCUUCCCUGCAGGGUUGCCGUUAGAAAAACGCAAUCUCUUGCUUAGGGUGAACCUGUUUGAGAUCCCCAGUGACAAAGGGUUCCUUAAUCUGUAUAACGAACCUUACUUUGAGGGCAUGCCGGUGGAGAUGUACAAUGAGUUCGCCUCCAAGUUCCUGGCACGACACAACUCAAACCACCCAGCAUUUGACGAUGAUAUAGAUAUGGAAUCAAUUCGGCAGGAGAAAAGUGAAUACCAUCCGGUGACUGGCGAAAUAUUUGAUUCCGAAGAGGUAACUGGCGGUAAGGAACCAAUGAAGCUUAUCAAGAUCAGCGCCGAUGGCGUGCCGGAUGAACGCCUCAUAUGGGCGCUGAAAAUAUGCUUCUGCAGAACCAAGAAGCGUUUACAGUGGCUGGAGCAGCAAGAUCCGAAAUACCUUGCAACUAGCGUAAAUUCGCCACUCGAUAUCGAUGUCUUCAAGGCGGCAUCGCUGGUAUGCUGCGAAUACGUCAAGAGCAAGUAUAGGACAACAAUUUUAGAUGACCUGCGCAAGGUGUCAAAUAAGGAAGUCAUUGCAGCCAAUAGCGUUGCUGGUGGUUCUUCAACCUCGUUGGAGAAAUUGCGAAAAUGCAAUACGGUAGAGAUACCGAAUGCUAUGAUAGCAUGUCACGCGUUGAGGGCUAAAAUGCCUCUGUACAAAUGUGCUAGUUACUUAGAAUCAAUAGGCAGGGAUUUUGAUCGUAAUGUUGUGCAUUAA